AUGAAACUACCUGUAUCGAGCAAAGAUGAAAAGAAAAUAAAGAAAUUCGCCAGCGGCCCAAUCUCACCGUCCCCGUUGACUACAGCCAUCGAAUCCAUAAAGGAUUGGUCUGAACAUGCAACUCCUCAAGCACAAACGAUGCAGGAUUUUGAGGAUAUUGACAGGAUCUCAAAUGCGAGAAACAUCGACGAUAUACCGAAAGGCGCUGGUGUUGAGAAGAUAGACCAGGAAGUCGAUAGCACGCCUAUUAGACGGAUAUUAAAAAUGAGACCUAUCUUUGGCAGUGAAAGUGAAAUCAAAGCUUUAAGAGCAGCACUCGAUGGAUGCUGGUCACUGUGUAAUACAUUGGCCAGUUUAAGCUAUAUUCAUAGAGAACGCUUGAAAUUCAAAGGAGAUGUGCAGGAAGAGGCAUGGAUUUCAUGCUGGAGGCUUUGCCAGGAAUUAUAUGAUAGUCAGGACAUUAAUACUAAUGUAUCUCAGGCGAGCCUUACUCUUGAUCUUUGCCGACACUUCUGCCAGGCAUUGUUCGAUGCUAGACACCGGGACAAUGAGCUUGCAGAUUCGGUACUACGCGUCAGUUUUGAGCUCAAUAAUCAUCUUUACAACACACAUGACCGGAAUUUACCCGACGCUUUUAGAGAAAGGACUCUGGCCUUUUACGUCACCUUGUGUCACCGUCUUAUGAAACAGAGAACUCGGAAUACCAACACAGAACCUCUUUUGAGUGCCUGCUGGUCACUCGCCGAGCUAUUGUUCAGUAUACGUCAGAACGAAAGAGAAUCUAGGCAAUCAAAUGAGGACUUACUUAGCUCUGCAGUUCAGGCCUGUUGGGAGCUCUGUGAUAUUUUCCGAGAAGGGUGGACUCGACGGAGCGUGCGUAACUCUGAUCGUGGCACUCCACGGCCAAGUCAGGCCACAUUUGCUCAAACCGUUACGCAAACUGAACAACCUGAUCUUUAUCUCAAUGAAAGGUUGUCGGGACAACAAGGGAACCCCGAAACACCUACAACUAUCUUUGAGGAUACUGUUUCUACCUCACCUGAUGAGGCACCAGUUCAAAACAUAUUUGUCUUGGGACAGAUUUCAACCCACGUCUCCCAAACAAAAUGGCCAUCCAAUUCGUCAAGCGUUUCAGGACAAACCCAGUCUUCUGAACGUUCAGCAAAUACAAUAACCAUUUUGCCCAAUACCCCGAAUUUAACAAGCCUCAAAGUUUUGAUUAUAAAGGCUGCGAUGAAUAGCGGUUUCCAGCGCAGUGGCCCCCAGAGCUUGUCGUCGUUUGUAAAAUCUCUCUCUUCAGAUGCCUUCGGUUCAAUGACUUGGCAGAUAUCUCUUCUCAGGAGUUACAAAAGGAUGGUAGCAUUCGAUCCGACGUUUCAAUAUGUAGGACCUCAGGCUCGUGCCAGUGCCAUUGAAAUAGCGGGAGCGGUUCAGGAAACUGUGCAAAGAGGACAGUGCCCUUGGCUAAACGACCUUUAUCGUCUUGUUUUUGGUUUUCGUAUGGAGGAAGCGGUGAGGCGCAAAGAUAUUAUUCUUCAAACAUAA